AUGCCCGCUCGACGCUCGGCCGCAAACCCCAUCGAUUUGGCCCUCUGUCGGCGCUGUCAAACCGUCGACCCAGCCAUCACGGUCCGCAGCGAGCCCCUCUGCGAAUCGUGCUUCAGCCGAUAUGUGCACACCAAGAUCGUCAAGCGCAUGGAGAGUUUCCGCGUCCGGUACGCCGACCCGGGCCAGCAGCGUCGCCUGCUCCUGCCCGUCACCUUCGACGCCAGCUCCAUCACCCUGCUGCAUGUCCUCCACCAUCACCUGAGCGGCCGCCAGAUGCAGAAGACCGGACGCACCGGCUUUCGGUUGCUCCUCGUGCACGUCCGCGACGACUCCCGGCGAGACGUCGACCUGCGCCACGACGGCCGCUCGCCCAUGCUCGAUCGGCUGGAGCGGGCGUACCCCGGCCACGAGUGUUCCGCCAUAUCCCUCUCCGACGUCCUCACGCAAGCGGGCAUCCGCGAGCUCUUCCCGUCGUCGGUCCCAUCAUCGGAGGGAGGCGGAGGAGGAGACUCCGGAGGGACCGCUCCGACCGGCUCGACCCCAGCCGACCGCCUCCAGCAUCUCCUCGGCUCCCUAGGGUCCGCGACAUCCCAGGCCGACGCGCGGGACCUCCUCGAGCGCCGGCUCCUCGUCGCGCACGCCCGGGCGCACUCCUGCGAGGCCAUCCUGCAGCCCGACAGCACGACCCGGCUGGCGGAGAAGACGCUGGCGGAGACGGCCAAGGGGCGCGGCUUCGCGCUGCCCUGGCUCAUCGCGGACGGGGAGUCGCCGCACGGCGUGGCCUUCUACCACCCGCUGCGCGACCUGCUGAACGCGGAGAUCGCGGCCUACAUCGCGUUCCUGGGGGCCGCGGCGGAGGGGCUCAUCGUCGCGGGGCCGGCGGUCAAGCCGACCACGGUGAGCGCGCGGCGGGCCACCAUCGACGACCUCAUGGCGCAGUACUUCGCCUCGGUCGAGCGGGAGUAUCCGUCCAUCGUGGCCAACGUCGUCCGCACCACGGCCAAGCUGGAGGCCGCGCCGUGGCGGGAGGCCGAGCUGCGCUGCGAGUUGUGCGAGAUGCCGCUGGACGGACAGGCGCCGGAGCGGAGCCGGUUAUGCUACGGUUGCAUCCGGACGCUGCCGGCCGUGGCCGCCGGAUGA